UAUAUAAAUAUAAUUGGCUACACUGAUUUGUCAUUGUGUUGAUUUCUGACAUUUUUUCUGUUUAUCCGUUGUGUUUUGCCUCUAAAUUAAAUUGUUUAUAGUGGAAAAUUGAAAAUAAAUAUUUUUGUGUUUGUAUAUCAAAAAGCUAUGGGAGGCUGUCGAUGUUCAUAUAGAAAUUGCCAAAACACUACCAAGACAACAGAUAAUAUUCAUUUUUUUCACUAUCCUGUCAAACAUAAAGAGAGAUGUAAAAUUUGGAUUGAAAAUGCUCAAAAGCCACAAUUCUGUGAUUUAGAAGAAGAUCAACUUCGAAAUAAAGUUAUAUGUGAAAUCCAUUUUGAAGAUAAAUGGUUUCCAAAUAGCCAAAAAAAGCGUUUACUGCAAAGUGCUAUUCCCACUUUAGGAUGUGACGAUGAACCUGAAGAGGCACCAAUGUUCAUAUCUUCCCAUUUGCAAGAUAUUCAAGUGUUACCGGCAAGUUCAGAUGGAACUUUGUUUGUAUUGGAUACAGAUAACAUGUUCAGUCGAUCUCAGAAAGUGGAAUCUUAUAUUUAUAAAAAUGGAAUGAUUGUUCCUUCAAGCUCUGUUCCCAAACCUGAAAUCAAACAAGAGCAGCUAGUGGCAAAGCCGUCCACAAGUAGAGCCUCCAGUUCUCUUCGAGAAAAUUAUAACAUGAAAUUGAGAGGUGAUAUCCCAAUGGAAGGAAGUCCAAGAUGCUCACUUCCAAUAAAGAAAGAACUUCCUGAUUUUAAUGAAUCUUCAAACAGAGUUCAUAGGAACGGUAUUCAAAGGAUCCAAGUAGAGGAAGAGUAUGACACUCAGAAUCAGGAGCAACUAACAGGAAUGAGCGAACUACAGAAAAAAACGGGACACCGUCCAAGUAUGAGAAACCUAGUGAUGAAAAAUGUUGUGGAGAAGCCCACCCUUGGGCGAAAUUAUCUUCGUAAAAUCAAACAACAUAGCAGAGACAUCGCUACAAUAAAAAAGAUGUUGAGACAGAAAACGCUGUCAGAGUCCAAGGUGGAUAAUAGCACAAUUCUGAAUAGUCUUAAGGAUCAGUUGCCUCCAUCUUUUUUCACUAUUCUGACAUUGAAUUUGAAUAGUAAAUGCGAUCUAUCUGAGGAAGAUGUUGAUUUUUUUGCUACCAUCCACAAGACAUCGCCAGAAGUCUAUCAGUUGUUGAUGGACAAGUACAAGUGGAAUUUACCUUGUGUUGAUAUUGUAGAAACAGUGGAAUAAAUUACACAGCGAACAUCGCAUUCAAGUAACAUAUUAAUUCAAUACACGUUUUUCACCAAAA